AUGAAGACCAACAGGACCAUGAGCAGCACCACCGCCAGAGCGCGCCGUCCCCUCCCACCCCUCCUCUGCACCCUCACCGCAUUCAUCGCAGCCCUUCCCCCUGCCUCGCUCAUAUCGCCCUCCCACCACCAUGGGCCAUUCAUCAGCAGACCAGCCUCAGCGUUUGCCCCGGGUUCCCUGGCGAGAUCUGGAACGAGGCGGCCGCUCUGGCCGAGAGACCGGCCCCAGUCUCGCCCGCCCGACCUCCCGAGGACCGCUGACGCCCGAGGACUCUUCCCUUCACCAUCACCAACGCGCGUGUCGGUUGCCGUGCGCGAGGCGCCUGUCGAGCCCACCGAGGCCGAGCGGCUGCCUCUCGUGUAUCGCGUGCCGAUCCUGGGAGGGUUCCUGCGGCUGUUCAAGCUGCUGAUGCUGCUGCUGGUCAAGGGCAUCUUCACCCCCCUGCAGUCGGCCAUGGCCAAGAGGAAGGAGGAGAGAGCCGCUGCGGCCGUGGAGGAGGCCCCCAGUGCUGCAGACAGGGCGGCCGUCAGUGUGAGGGAGGACAAGAUCGACAGAGAUGAGAGGGUGGCCGCUGCUGCCAAGCCGGUGGGCGCGGCACUCGCCGUGAAGACCCCUGCUGCACCAGCUCGAGGCGCUGGGGCGGCCGCUGAGACCAAGAGAAAGGUGGCGCCAGCGUCCAAGUCCGCCGUGGCUAUCAAGGAGGAGGGAGAGAAGGAGGAGACAAAGGAGGAGACCCCCACUGGUGCCAAAAAGCCCCUCGCCGGUGUGCUGCGCUUUAUGCGCAACGGCGCCGAGCCCGUCGACUACGGCAUAGUGGGCGACACUGCCGCAACCGCCACAGCCACAGCCACAGAGGCACCUGCUGCCCCAGCGACCAAGGAGAAGGCGCGGGCGCCCGCCGGCGAGACCAUCACGUUCGCCACGGAGGCGACGGACACCGUCACCGAGUGGGCCGUCAACGUGGCCACAUCCGUCCCCAUGACAGAGGAGGAGAUCCUCGAGCAGAAGCGCAUCCAGCGAGAGAAGAUGGAGCAGCGGCUGGAGACCCUCCGUCAGAACGUCGUGCAGCUGGCCGACGACCUGAGCUACGGCUUCAACAACUUCCAGAGGGGCAUCGAGUACCUGAGCGAUGAGAUCGCGGAGGGGUCCGUCAAGGGGUGGCAGGCGUCAAAGCAGUGGGUGGUGUUCGAGUGGGUGGCGGGCCUGGCACCCAAGUGGGUCAAUUCGGUGGCGGAGACGACCAGCCUUAGCUGGCAGGCCGUCAGCGAUGCCCAGUGGAAGGCCAACCAGGAGGCCGUCAAGAGGCAGCAGAGGGAGGCCUAUAUGAGGGAGAUGAGGGAGAAGGAGAGGGCCGAGAAGGACAAGGCAGAGAGGGAGAAGCCGAAACUGGCCGAGAAAGAAGACAAAGAGAAAGAAACGGCGAAGGCGAAGAUGACACAGCAGCAGAAGAAGAAGAAGGACGAAGGCGGCGACAAAGGCGCCCCAGGUGAGCACAGCCCCCUCUCCCCUCCCCUCCCCUCCCUGCCCACACACACACUCACAAACAAUCACAGCCUCCCAGCGCCUUUGUAUCUGUCCUGUCAUGGGUUGUCUGUCUGCAGGUCCCCCUCCCCCACUGAAGAAGGAGACCAGCCCCCCAGCGAUGAAACAGGAGCCGGCUGACACCACCACCACCACCACCCCCGCGCCACCCCCGCAGCCUAAACAGGAAGCCGCCCCCAAAGCCACCCCUCUGCCCAAGGAAACAAUCGAGUUCAAGUUCCCCCCAGACGAGACAGAACCAAAACAAGAGGAGACCACGCCGGCUGCAGGGCGGGAGCCUGUGACGACCACAGCAGCGGCGGCUGCGGUGUCCAAGGAGGAGAGGCGCGGCAGCAGUGAGCCCCCGAUGAUUGAGCUCAACAUGGCCGGCAACCCUGCCAGUCUGCCAUCAGUGUACCCCUUCCCCAUCCACCAGCCGAGGAGGUCGGCAUGGUGAGGUGGGCGCGGCGCUCUCGAGGGCACGGCACGGCACAGGAGACGAGAGAGAGGAGAUGGGUGUGUUGGAUUUUUGCUGUGCAUUUUGAUCGAUGCGUGCGGGAGAGAGAGGAGAGGUGUGAGAGGUGAGGAGGUAUCUGGAUGGAUGGAUGGAUGUGUAAUGUAGCUCGGCUUGCUGUGGUUGGUUGAUGUUUUGAUGCGGUCUCGCAAGUGAGUGGAUGGGCGUGCCGGCGUGGUGUGAGCGUUCGUGUGCCCCCUUUAUCAGUGUCCGCGUGUGGCUAGUGUUGUGUGAGGAAUGCAGUGUCAGGGCCAUACCAUGCGCACAUGCGUGUGUGGGGUGUGGGCGUGAGAGAUUCCUGCGUCGUGUGGCCACGCGUGUGUGCGGGUGGCCGUCGCCCUGGGUGUGUAUCUGGAUAAGAUAGAUUCGAUGAGUGACUUUUUGCCCUCAUCUGUGUCGCAUUUCCAUCGCUUAUUUCUCUUUCUCACCGGUCCCUGCACGCAACGUGAUUCGUACAGGCGGAUUACAUAUACACAUGGCCUGUCUGAGUGUCUGCCUGAGUGUGGAGCUUCAUGAGUCUUUAUGGGAUCGAUCAUUCAUUCCUGUGCAGCCCGGCUCGGUCAUCCAGACAUCAUUGACUGGGUAAUGCCUGGCAUGAGCGAGAGAGAUGUGAUGAUUUUUUGCCACCACGUUUGCUUGCCUGUCUGUCGU